AUGUGUACGAAUAUAAUUGCCGUAUUUCUAGCAGAAUUUGAUAUUCGAUCGGGGUAUAAACUAGUAUGGUCGAAAGCAGAAGUCCCUGGGUUUGAGUUUGAUGGGUUGGAGUAUAAGGUGUUGCCUUCGGGAAUACACGAGUAUGGGGAGUCGACGGUUUUGCUAAGUCAUUGGCAUGAGGGGAGGGUGUACUAUGGGAUGAGUAGGUACUAUCAGUAUGUGAUUGGAAAUGAUAGUACUGAUAGAAGCAAUGUCAAGAUGUUUGCGUUAGGUAUUUUGUGUGAUCCUGGGAGCAGUGUUUGGAAACCCAACGAGUUUAUCAGGAAUGGGUGGGAGUAUGUGGAGGAAGUGCACCAGAAGUUAGUCAAGUUUGUUCAUCUGCGGGAGUAUACUGAUUUUGCUAAACUACAGGAUAUCCCAAAGGUUACACCUAACAUUAAUAACCAUUUGCUUACGAAUUUGCCGGAGAUGUUUCGAACAUUGGGUCCGUUGGUAUUUGUGUUGUAUAAACAGAGUUUGUUAAGGAAGAGGAUAUUAUUAUUUAACCAGCGCAGUAGGAGCCAUGACGAUCAAGAUAUUUUGCCGAACGGUGUUGAUAAUUUGUAUAACAUUUCUUCGUUUUGCUAUUUGAUAUCGUUGUUGUCGGUUGUGCCACAGGAGAUUGAUUUUAUUUCGCAAACAUCAGUGCCAACAUACUCACAGCCGGUAUACCAAAUUGGAUUGACAGAUAUGGCAGGGGAGUUGAUAAAGCUCAAGGGGUACAUUGGCAGUACAAACGAUGAUAUUUUGAAAGAGAGUCCGGUUUACGAUAUUGGGGUUGUUAUUGAUGAAUGGGCACGAGUGUUUGACUAUGAGCAACGGCCAAUUAAAGCUACAAAUAAGGACUACGACAAGUUUGUGUUGAUAUACCUGGAGUUGCCCAGAAGUGAUGGGGUUACGAACGAUACUGAUAUUUCCGCCGACGAUUUGUCGUCUAUAAGAACUGACACGUGGAAAACGUUUGAUGGGGAAUGUGUAGCCCAAGACAUGCCUGAAUGGUGGAAAACUGAAGCUACUGAGCCGGUUUCAUGGACGGAAUCUAUUUGGUCGGCAUUUUCGUGGUUUGCCACUGCUGGUCAGCAAUUGGAGGGCAGUCCCCAACCACCACCGCAUGUUCAGGAUAAGGUUGAUUUGGUUGAUUUGGUAAACAUUGUAGGGUAUUUCCAUAAAUUGACAAAGAAAUGGUUUUAUAUUAUUAAUGAGGUGGUGUUGGAGGUGUUGGACGACCAGGCGUGUACUGACGAACAGCCAUUGACGGAACGGAUCAGUUUAGAGUUGACGUACCAAGAUGUUGUAGAGAUGGAGCUUGAUCCGUAUUCGAGUGCGGACUUGGAGUUUAUAAAAGAGUUUAUUUUACUCUACUGGGAAGUUGUAGAUAGUGUGGAUAUAGGCAUGGGGUUGAAUAAUAUAUGUUGUUAG